GCCACCUGCUUCGACGGACAACUGGGUGGUUCGCUGCUUGGAACAAUCACUUGCGUACCAAGAGGAUGAAAUAGAGAGAUCAUAUGGAAUAAAAAAUUAAAGAUUACGCAGAAGGAGGAACAGAAAUAGAAAAAUAAAGCCUUUUGUACAUCGGCGUUUAUGAAACUUUAGCCAAAUAGUUAGCUAUCUUAAAUGUUUUAAGAAAUUGCACAUAUUAAUAACAGUUUACUAACUAGCUUUACUGAAGCUAGCUGAGUCAUUUGCCAGCUAGUUAUCGUUGUUUGGUACUCAAGACUUGAUAAAUCAGUUGAGUUAGCUUGCUAGCUAAUGCUGUUGCAUCAGUUUGUAAACGGAGCCCUGGAGGCUAUGCAUCCAACAAUUCAGAAAGACACUACUUUUACGAAGAUAUUCGUGGGUGGUUUGCCUUACCACACAACCGAUGCUUCUCUUAGAAAAUACUUCGAGGCGUUCGGGGACAUCGAAGAAGCGGUGGUGAUCACGGACAGACAGACCGGGAAAUCUAGAGGAUAUGGAUUUGUGACCAUGACAGACCGGGGAGCAGCAGAGCGGGCCUGCAAGGACCCCAACCCCAUCAUCGAUGGCAGGAAGGCCAACGUGAACUUGGCUUACCUAGGAGCCAAACCCCGCAGCCUCCAGACAGGCCUGUCCAUUGGAGUGCAGCAGGUCCAGCCCGCGCUGAUCCAGAGACCAUACGGACUGGCCCAGCAGUAUGUUUACCCACAAUCCUUUGUGCAGCCCAGCCUGGUGCUCCCUUCCCAGGUGGCCUCGGUCAGCUCCCCCUACCUGGACUACAGCACCACCUACACUCAGUACGCCUCAGCAGCCUUCGAGCAGUACCCCUACGCCCCCUCCCCGGGGUUCCUGGGGUACGCCUACACUCCGAGCCCCAGCGCAGCCACGCCCGUUCACCAGUCCCUCCCUUCGGGAGCCAGCGUGGGCACCACGUUCCUGCAGUACCCCCCUCAGGCAGUCCAGCCUGACCGCAUGCAGUGAGCCCUGCAGGAGGCUGCUGUCAGCAGCAGGAGGGGCGGGCCUGUUUGGGAGCUAGGCGUGAGCACAGGUCUCUGUGAGGAAUGGCGGGGUUGGAGGGGUGGGGCAUCGCACUAUGACAUCAGGAGAAACCCCCAGUCGCUCGCUGCGGGGUCGCAUCAAAGGGCUUCCAGAAGCACACGGCAAUGUUGUGUAUUCUGUUUAAUUCUAUUAUUAUUGUCAUUAUUAUCCUUUAUGUUCUUAUUGUUGCUAUCAAUGUUGUUGUUACUAUUGUUAUUCUUAUCAAUAUUAUCAUCAAUGUUAUGAGUAUGUUUCAAUCAGUGAAAACCUCACCCUCAUCUGUUGCCAAGGUCACACCCAGGUGGAGCUGUCAUUAGUACCUGUAGAGUGGGAUGGGGUGGGGUGCGAAUUUGGGGGGCUGGACAGUGACUGCUUGCUGCACAGGAAGAGAGUGGAUAGAUGAACACUGCUGCUUAGGAGAACUGGAGGGGGGGGAGGGGGGGGACUCACUACAUCUAAUGCUGUAGCCCACCCCCAAACCUGCUCCCUCUCUCACCAUCGAGCUCAGACCCCUCCCCCCCCCCACCCCCACCACAGCAAGAAUGGCCCUCAGCGGUUAACCGCGAAGACGAGGAGUCACUCACAACACAGGGCUAUGACCAGAAUUUGACCACAGACAGACCGGGACCAAGUGGUCCUCCGGGGGCUAACAGGGUCAUGAAGGUGACAUCAUCAGGACUGCCUUCUUUGAGGGUGCCUUAAGCACUUCACAUGCCCCACCCCACCAGCCAAACUGUGACUGUUUAAAGUCCCUUUUCUACUCAUAUGAGACUUUGUUGCCAACGUUCUGAAUUUCUCAUUCCUUUUUCCAAGGGUAGGUUCACAGCCUCUUAUUAGGUUAUUGUAGAUGGAUGUAGAUAAUCACAGCUGAUUUCAAUAUGCAAUUAUUAUUUUGGGGGGAGGGGGGGUACAAUGGGGGGAGGUGUGACCAGA